AUGCAGUCUCGCGAGGCUUCCCAUGCUGGUUCAUGGUAUUCGAAUAGCAAACGCGCUCUAACCCGCCAACUUGAUGAAUGGCUGGCUCAGGUUCCCGAUGAGAUUGAGGGGAUUGGAUCUUUUCCGGUGCCUGGUGCAAGAAUAAUCAUCGCCCCGCACGCUGGUUAUGCCUACUCCGGAUCAUGUGCCGCGUAUGCCUACAAGGCCCUGGAUUUAUCGAAAGCGAAACGGAUCUUCGUUCUCGGCCCCUCACACCACCACUACCUCUCGACUCUGGCCCUUCCGGAGCUCACAUCGUAUUAUACCCCGCUUUCCGAUGAGCCUUUGCCGUUGGAUACCGAGCUCAUCGCUAAGCUCCUCUCCACCAAGGCGGUGAAACCCAGUGGUUCGACAAUGAGCUUCACCACCAUGACACGAUCCAUCGAUGAGGAUGAACACAGUAUCGAGCUCCACCUCCCCUACAUCCACCGCCUGUUGCAGCUCCAGCACCCCGACAAGCCCACCUCACAAUACCCUCCGCUUGUGCCAAUCAUGGUGGGAAGCACCUCCGAAUCCACCGAGGAAGCCUUCGGGGCCCUUCUCGCGCCGUAUCUGGAAGAUCCAGGCAAUGCGUUUGUCAUAAGCUCAGACUUCUGCCACUGGGGGUCACGCUUCCGUUACACAUUCUACGUGCCGCAGGCGCCCACCCCGGGGCCUAAACUCCCGCUGUCCGCUCACUCGCUCCCGCAGCCCGAGGAUGACACCCAAGAGUUAGAGGACAAGAUGGAGAUGGGCUCGGCGGGUCAGACCCUCCAGCGGCAGGACCGUAUUGGAAGUCGAGCGCCCGCCAUCCAUGAGAGUAUCUCCGCAUUUGACAUCGCCACCAUGGCCGCCAUCAGCACGGGUGCCUCGAAGAAUUUUCUAGAAAUCAUCCGGCGGACAGGGAACACCGUAUGCGGUCGCCACCCCAUCGGCGUAGUCAUGGCGGCCAUCGAAGAGAUCACGAGUCGCCGCGAGGAAGUGAAACAAGGGAGGUUCCACUUCGUUAGAUAUGACAGAAGCUCCGAUGCAGUCGACGUCCUCGACAGUUCUGUGAGC